AGAGAGAGAGAGAGAGAGAGAGAGAGAAGAGCGCGCGCGUGUGUAUGUGUGUGAGAGAGCGAGGGAGAGCGAGAGCUAGAGCGAUUGACCAGGGGACUGCUCUUAAAAUGCGCAGCUUUCCUCACGAGCAGCCAGAGAGCCCCAAUAAUGCACCCGAUGCGGGAGCCUCUGGAACAACUCAACACGAACGGACUGCUCUUUACCGCCUACCCCGCCAAUGAAACAUAGCAGCAGUUAUCCAAGUUUUUAGGAUCUACGCAUAUAGCCUACACGAAUAGUGUAUCAUGUAAAAUACGCGCAAAAGACUUAAGAGUUCGGUUGAUGUCCCUCCUGUGGAGGCUAUUGCGCAUCGGAGUUGUUCCAAUAUCCACUGGCACAAGAAAUGACUGUAGGCUAUUUUUCCCAUCAGAAAUUGCAAUUUUAAAUGGGAUUGCAAAUGAUGUUCAAGAUGUUUCCAGAUACGACAGGUUUCAAGAUGGGCGCGCAAGCCAUGGCCAAUGGCCUCUUUCAGCUGUCUCCCAGACAAGUACUCCUGGUGGCAUUGACUGUGCUGGUGGUGUACCACCUGUGGUUCAUGCUACAAACAUGGUUUGAUACCGAGAGCCCGCCCGGACCUAUACAAUGGCCCAUCGUCGGCAACGCGCCUCAGCUGGGCAACAGCCCGCACCUGAGCUUCGUCCGAAUGGCGCAGAAGUACGGUGAUGUUUUCCAGAUCAAGCUGGGGAACCGAACUGUGGUGGUGCUGAACGGCGACGCCAUCAAGCCGGCUCUUGUGAAGAAGGGGGUCGAUUUUGCGGGGCGACCCGACUUCGUUUCCUUCAAGUUUGUAUCUAACGGCAAGAGUAUGGCUUUCGGUGAUUACAACGAGUGGUGGAAAGUGCACCGGCGGGUGGCUCAUUCUACUGUGAGGGCUUUCUCCACCGGUAACAUAAACACCAAGAAAGUGUUUGAGAACCAUGCCUUAAUCGAAAUGAGGGAAUUGGUCAAGCUUUUUCUAAGCAAAACUGCGGAGGAGGGGUCUGUUGUGCCGCACCAAUAUGUGGUUAUAUCCGUGGCAAAUAUUAUGAGCGCCGUGUGCUUCGGAUCUCGGUACUCGUACGAUGACAUUGAGUUUCGGCAGCUCGUCGGACGCAACGACAAGUUCACAGAGACUGUCGGCGCCGGCAGCAUUGUGGACGUGAUGCCCUGGCUAACGUACUUCCCUAACCCAGUCAAAACUCUGUUUGAACAGUUCCGAGAUCUUAACAAGGAAUUCAAUGAGUUUAUUAUGACCAAAGUCAUGGAGCACCAUAAAAGUAUAGAGCCAGGCAUCAUCCGUGACAUGACGGAUGCUUUCAUCCAAGCCCUGGACAAAGCUAUCAGCGGCACGUUCGGUGUGGUCAUGGGCAAAGACUACGUGAGUCCCACUAUCGGCGAUAUCUUUGGAGCAAGCCAAGACACGCUGUCUACUUCACUUCAGUGGAUCAUCCUUUUAAUGAUAAGGCACCCAGAGCAACAGAAGCGUUUGAGAGAGGAGGUCGACAAGAUUAUACCUCGCACACAGCUGCCCAGUGUUGAGGACCAGAGCCGGCUGCCCUACGUGAUGGCCUUCAUUUAUGAAGUGAUGCGCUACACCAGCUUCGUUCCGCUCACCAUUCCCCACAGCACCACGUCAGACACCUCCAUCAACGGCUACCGCAUCCCCAAGAACACAGUCGUUUUCGUCAACCAGUGGUCCAGCAACCACGACCCAAAGAAAUGGACUCAGCCUGAGGUCUUCAACCCGCUGCGCUUCCUGGACGAAGACGGCGCUCUAGACAAGGACAAGGCGAGCAACGUCCUGAUCUUCUCCGUGGGGAAGAGGCGCUGCAUCGGCGAGGAGAUGUCUAAGAUGCUGCUCUUCCUAUUCACAACGCUGCUGGUGCACCAGUGCGAGUUCAAAGAGGACCCGAAAUGUCCCGCCAGUAUGGACUGCACUUACGGCCUGACUCUGAAGCCAGUCCCGUCCAGAAUGUCCUGCUCCUUACGAGACAACAUGGAACUUUUGGACAGUGUGACCCGCUUACCUUUGAUUCCACAGAACAAAAUAGAAGAAUCAGAAACAAACUGAGCAAUUGCAUAUAGGUGCAAACGCAAAUGAAGGUUGUGUACAACAGGCUUACAAACCACUGAUAUCAUGUGGGAACAUUUUGAGAUAAUGUCCGCAAUGUCAGUUUUUGGUUUGCGUGAGAAAAUAGGUCGCAAUUCCUCUGAUAUCAUGUAGGGAGCUCGUCCCUGGCCUGUUUUUGCCAUGCGCAUGUGAAUAGGCUCUAAGACAUGUUUUGUCUAUGCUUAACCCUAAAAAUUCACAGAAGCACCACAUUUGAAGGACCACGAUAUCAUCCCUCAUAGCCUAAUCAUCAUCAUCAUCAUCAUCAUCAUCAUCAUCAUCAUCAUCAUCAUCAUCAUCAUCAUCAUCAACAACAACAACAACAACAACAACAACAACAACAAACCCAUACAAUGUCUGGCAUUCCUCAAGAGCGGAACCUCAUGAAUGGAUACUGUUUGGGACAGGGCAAAGCAAAUCUCUCAGGGGAUGUUUCCAGUGUGUCAACGGAUCCUUCCCUCUUAGAGCUUUAUACAUUCAGAAUGGACAUGGGAUACACUCUAACAGCGAGUAGCCAACAAGUCUUCAUUCAGAUUACCGGUUUCUUGUGAAGACAGACUGACACACAUCUCUCCUUGUGAUUGUGUCACUUCAUGGCGCCAAUAACCAAGACUGGGCAUCAUGCCUUCUUUUUUUUUUUUUUUUUUUUUGCUGUUGCUCGUUUCUGUUGUCCAGGCUUUGAGUCUCAAAAGCUGUAUGGUGAACAACCAUUGUCACUGUGCCAAUUCUCAACACUAAACAUGUAAUAUCUCAGGGCAGAGUAGUAUAUAUAGGCCUACUGUUUAUAUUCAGAGUAUAACUGUUGUAGUCCUCCAUCUUGCAAUAGCAGUAACCUACUCGUGAUAGGCAAUUGAUCUAUGUUAGAUCUGUAUAUUUUCUAUAUUUUACACAGAUGGAUCAUGGAAAUAUUCAUGAGUCACAACAAUGGCUGUUUAUAUGUAUAACAAUUCUGAAACUAUUGGUAACACGAAAUUAAUGUUACUGUAUAUGACAAAUGUCCUGUUAUAUAUAAGCUUCAUCAACCAUACAGCUGCUCUUUGUCUUCUGUUUUGGGCUGUACGUUUUGUGAUUCAUCAUCAGUUGUAUGAUCAUUCUCUGUCCCUAAACCAGGGGUGGGGAACCUUCUUCAUUCAUGGGGGGCCACUUCAAAUUCAUCCGAGGGCCGUAAAAGUCCUCCAAGGGCUGUACUAUGAACACAAACCAGGAUUUCCCCCUGUACUUUAGGCCUAUAUUGAAGGCAGCCACCUUUAGAACAGACCCCACCUUCUCUAGGUCCCCUGAAUAUAACUUAAUUGUAUUGCAAAUGUGUUUACUAUGAUUCCAUUACAAAAUAUGUCAUAUUUCAUGUGAUAGCUGCAUAACAUUAAAAUGACAUUGGGGGCCAUAUAAAACGGCCUCAAGGGCCGUAAAGGGCACUCAAGACAUACAGUAGGUUCCCCACUCCUGCCUUAACUGAUGAUGAGCACUGAGGCCAACAGCCCCAGAGAUCCUGCUAAUACGUAUUCCUAAAUAUUUAAGAAUGAGUUUGCAAUUCAAUGAGACAUAU